AAAGAAUCCAGAAUCUGUGAGAGAAUUGCACAACAGCAAAGAUCGAAGGGGUUGAUUUUUGCUGAAAGUCAUCAAGAGGCACUGUCCUUCAUGUGGCAAACCUCUGUGGAAGUCUAAAGAAGGUGGCUGGAGGAAAUUAAUUAUUUGAUAGUUAAACUGCUUUUAAAUAAGAACAUCCAUGUCAGCCAUGGCUCGGGAGGAAGAGGAGCUGACAGUCAGUGCACCCAAGCAGGUGGACGUGUUUACAUCAGUGCGUUGUCUGGGUUACCUGUCCAGCUUCAAUCUCCUUGUGGCAGUCUGUGUUGGCAUGUACGUACGCUGGGAGGUGACAGUCAAUGAUCAUCAUGAACCCAUGAUUCUGGUCAUCUUCAUCCUGGGCCUCUUUGUCCUGGGAAUUGCCAGUAUCCUCCAUUACUACUUUGCUAUGGAAAAUGCCAGCCUGAGCUUGUUCCAUUUGUGGUUCGGCUUUCUCCUUGGACUUUUGUGCUUCCUCAACAGCCCCGUCUUGGAUUCAAAUGUCAAAGAACUGGUCGCAAACUAUCUCCUCCUAGCCAGUGUAGUUAUGAAAGCAGUAUGGGCCCUAACUGAGCGAAUAUGCAGCUCCAUCUGCUACAAAUCCACCUUGCUAACAUCAGUAGAGUUACUGGAGCUUCUGGGAUUUGGUAUUGCAAGCACUACCAUGCUUCUUCACAAGUCAGUGGCCAUAAUAGGCUUGGUAGUGGCCCUCGGUACUCUCAUUGUGGACUUGAGGAUGAAAUCCCUCCUAGCUUUGGCCAAUUUAAUCAGUUUUGCCUUGGUUACUUCUCUUGUGUUUUUCCAGGCCUUAGACAUUAAUGCCAACCCUUAUGCCUUAGGCUGCUACCUGGGCAGGCUGCUCUGUGAGCCUGUGUUGGAUGUGUACUUUAGUGGGUUAGGCCCCACGGAGCGCUGGAUGCCAGUGCUCUCCAUGGGGAAGGUGUGGAGGAAGCUGUCCUUGUUUCCUCUGAGUCUGACUGAGAUAGCCUUCUUUGUCCUUGCUGCUUUAAAGCUUGGUUACUUGGAGCUGUGGUAUCUGGUCAUCCCAGGUUUCUGUCUGUUUGGUCUUUUCUGGUCUAUCUGCCACAUCAUUUUGCUGAUCACAAUCUGGGGCUUUCACACUAAGCUGAGUGACUGUCAGAAGGCUUGGCGCGCCCAGCGGUCAAGUAGCCGGAGUCUGGACCAGGUCAUGGCCUCCCGAGGCAUCCGACAUUUCUGCCUCAUCUCAGAGCGACUGGUGUUCUUUAGUUUGUUGUCAACAGUGAUACUCGGGGCUGUGUCCUGGCAGCCCUCCAACGGUCUCUUUCUCAGUGCUUUGCUGGUGGUGCUGCCUCUCGAGUCUCUGGCGCAUGGUUUGUUCCACGAGCUGGGCGGCUGCCUGGGAGGAACUUGUGUUGGCUACGCCCUGGUUGUACCUACCACUUACUGCAGCGCCGGUGGCCAGCCCACUCUCUUACCACCUGAGCAGGUGGAGCUGUUGAAUCUGCGCUCCACAGGCAUGCUGAACAACAUCCAGCGCCUCUUCUCCCACCACAUGAUUCAGACAUUCGGCUGUGACUACUCUACUAGCGGUGUCACCCUGGAGGAUGUACUUACAAAGCUGCGCAACUUUCUGGAGCUUCGUACGGCAGACGGACCACGACAUGACACCUAUUUGAUAUUCUACAGUGGGCACACGCACAAAGGCUCCGGCUCCUGGGCUCUGUCAGGAGGUGAGAGUUUCCAUCUGGCCCAGUUGCUGGAGCUGUGGAAGGAGAAGAACGCCGACCACUGUUCCCGUCUCAUCGUGGUCCUGGACACCGAAUACUCCCUCCCUUGGGUCAAGGAAGUGCGCAGGGUGGAGGGCAUUUAUGUAGCCGUGCAGGGGGCUGAGCUGUCAGCAACCAUGGUGGACCCCGAGGCUGGAGAUAUCCCCUUGCUCGGGGAAUUCACUUCUGAGUGGGUGGAGUUCAACUGCAACCCAGCCAGCGAUACCCAGUGGUCUGAAAAAGGGCGGACUGUGAGAGCUGUCUACAGUGUGUCCAAACGCUGGAGCGACUACACACUCCAUCUUCCCACUGGAAGUGAUGUAGCCAAGCACUGGAAGACCCACUUUCCUAAGGCUACAUACCCCAUGGUGCACCUGUCCAACUGGUGCUGUGGCCUCAACCUGUUUUGGUUAUGUAGCACUUGUCUGCGCUGCUUCAGGAGGUGUAAACUAGCCUGGUUCCCCCCGGCUGUUUUGGACACUGGGCAAGGCAUUAAACUGGUGCACUCAUAGACAAAAGGGGAAGUUGUCAGAUAGCUGAAUCAGUAAAUUCAUAAAGGGUCCAACUCCAAGAAACUUUUUUGUCUUGUUACAGGGGAGCAUUUUUAUUGUUUUUGCCUGCUCUUGCUUUACAAAUCCCAAAGUAUGAUGCAAAUUUAGUUUUUAGUUUUGGACUUGAAAUUUCAUGAAUUAACCAAUUCAAUUUUGAAUCAGGAUGUAGCAGCUGGGUAUAAGAUGUUUGUAUAAAAAAAAAUAAUAAUAACUUGUGCUGUUAUAAUAUCUAUACAAUCAUGUUUUAUUUUAGUCUAAAAUACUAUAAAUGAUAUAAAGGUUGGCCUUCAGUCAGCACCAGAUUCCUUACAUUUAUUUUUGAAAGAUGUUUAUUUGCAGUGAUUCAAGACAUUGUGCCAAGUACAUCACAAAAAGUCAAUAUUGGAUUUCUGAGCCCAAAAGAAUAUUAAAUUUAAUAAUCCCAGUAAAUUUAAUUGAAAUAAAGAGUACUGAGGUAUGAUUGUGGUUUAAUUAAUUAGGAUGAGGUCUAACAACAGAAAACUCUCAUCUUACUUGGCACUUUUCUUACUUUAUGCUUACUUUAAUUGCUUCUUAUUUUAUUGUCUCUGUUAUUAAUUACAUACCAAAAACUUUGAAUAUGGUUUCUGUCUCUUUGGAAGGGUUUUCACAUUUUUCUUUUGUUACGGUGUGCCAUUUUAUGUAUGAUAAAGUGCCUUAAAGAUAAAUUUCGAAUCAUUUAUAAUAUUGAGGCUUAUUUUUUUAUGUUAUCUACACUAAAUAGGCUGUAGACUGCUUAUAAAAGAUGGACAUAGACACACAGUGGUUACUGACAUCCGGAUGUGAAGCCUACACUUCUGUUGAGUUUCUGGUGAUUUAGACCAAGAAAUGGGAGCUCAGCAAGAAAGUGUUUACUGAGGUCAUGGGACAAGGAAGGGCUAUUUUCUCAUAGAUUUUUAUGAGAUACCAUUAAAAAAAAAACCAAAAACAGAAGAGUCAUGAUGUGCUCUUCCCUUUUGGCUUCACCAUCUAGAUAAAGAAGCAAAGUCCAUCUUUUAUAUACAGGCUCUGAUGUAGAUCCUCGCCUUCCUUUUACAUAAACUCUGUGAACUGGUGGAGCUCUGUCUUUCUAAAGCCUUUUACCUGGCAGGAUGGAUGGCAAAAAAGCCGUUGCGAGGCUGAACUUGGUGACACCAUUGGUUAUAAUGUAGAGAGGUCUAACCACGAUGCCAAGCUGCCACUCUUGUUGUGGGAUUCUUUCCUGAUUAUUAUUGAAGUAUUCAAAUGUGCAGCUAUCUCUGCACUGAACAAAGGAAUAUGCAUUGGCUGUGAGACAGCAUAUUAUCGCCACACAAUGGCCCUGUCUUAUACCUCAUCCUGUUUGUUUACACAGAUCAAUGGAAAUUGAAGAAGUCAUUUGCUCUAUACAAACCCAUUCAAGUUUUCUAGCCAUUUGUGUUAGCCAUGCUGUGAAGCAGUGCUUCAUACGGCAAUGCGCCAAAGCAUGAAGAAACUGUCAUUGCUAUGCAUUUCUGCACUGAACUCCAAAAGCCAUUGUGACCCUUCUUUAUACUUGCUGAUUUGUACCUUUCUGUCUCACACAUUCCUGAAGUGCGUGGAAUGCUGCCUGCCUUUUUUCUGAAGAAGUUGAGUUGCAUUAUUGUGCCUCUCAUGUCAGAUAAUGUCAGAGUUGCAGUAAACUUGAAUAAUAAACUGAUAAAUGAAUGCUGUCUGAUGAUGUUGAGAAGUUUGAGAGGGCUGAGAAGUAUAGAGAGAUGAUCAGUUUGAUGAAAUUCAAACAGAAGGGGGAAAAAACAAUAGAUGAGAAGAGGAAGGCGAGAAUUAGACAUGCUGAUAUCAGACAGUUUUAUUUAACGUAGCUGGCUUAACAGACAGAGUAAAUAGAGACCCUGCACUCUGGAAAUUCUAGCAUUGCCUGGCAAAUAUUAACAUUAUUAGCCGGAGAGAAAUGAAACAAUCCAUGACAUACUAUCUCUGAGGGAUUUUCUCUGAGCUUUCACCUCAGUUAGUCCCAGUGCCCAGCUGGACGUGUUCAAGGCGCUGCUGGGUAUUUCGGUGGUCCCAGAGAUCAGGGCUGUGGCCUGACUCAUGGCUGAAGGGUGGUAUUAGGCACAGAGGAAGGUUGGGGAAGAUCUUGGAAAAAUGAAAGCUGACAUUAAAAGCAAUGUCUCAUAUCAGCAUUCAUUUAUAACUUUUUUCUUCUGACGUCCCCCUGAAGAACUGUCACAUGGACUCAAGAACCUCUUCAUCAACACCAGCUCUCAUGUUCCAGCCUGGUUAUCUGAACUCCAAGUAAUUUGAAUCUUGACUGCUUUCGGCUUAUG